UUGAAGUUGAAAUUUCAAGGGCAGCGCAUGCUGCGAGGUUACAACUUCAAGCGCAACCAAACUGCAGGCUGUCAGGAACGCAAUACUGCACUGGUGUCUGGACUGCGUAGAUCGAGCAUGCUGUGCAGAGUCGGUUGUGUUCGCAGAUGUGUAACUGCCCUGAGCCCUUCUCUGAGCUGCGUGGUCUCCAGACGGAAGCACACUCUCCCCGAUCUCACCUAUGACUAUGGAGCUUUGGAGCCCCACAUUAAUGCCGAGAUUAUGCAGCUUCACCACAGCAAACACCAUGCCACGUAUGUCAACAACCUCAAUAUCACCGAGGAGAAGUACCAAGAGGCAUUGGCCAAAGGUGAUGUGACAGCACAGGUUGCUUUACAGCCAGCCUUGAGGUUUAAUGGUGGUGGCCACAUCAAUCAUACCAUUUUCUGGACUAACCUUUCUCCUAAUGGUGGAGGGGAACCACAAGGUGAGUUGAUGGAGGCCAUUAAACGUGACUUUGGUUCCUUUAGUAAGAUGAAGGAGAAGAUAUCCACAGUGACUGUUGCCGUGCAGGGCUCAGGUUGGGGUUGGCUGGGCUUUGACCAGGAGAGUGGAAGGUUAAGGAUUGCCGCCUGCCCCAAUCAAGAUCCACUACAAGGCACCACAGGUCUCAUUCCCCUGCUUGGAAUUGAUGUGUGGGAACAUGCCUAUUACCUCCAGUACAAGAACGUCAGACCGGACUACGUCAAAGCAAUCUGGAACGUGGUCAACUGGGAGAACGUGGCCGAGAGGUUUCAGGCUGCAAAGAAAUAAGACUUUUCUUCAGGAAUGAGAGCUAAGGAUAAAAAAAUGCAUUGUCCUGUGAGGUAUCCUUACCCAAAGAUUCAAAUUCAGAUCACCGUCCUCAGUAGCUGGCAGUUUAAAUGGAUGCAUGUCUGUGAAAAGAGAGGUAAUUCUGCUGUUUAGAGUCAGACUGUUUACUCUGUUUCUCAGUAUGUAUCACACCAGUAGCACACUGUUAUGACAGAUCAGUUUUGUUCUUGUGUUUAAUUAAAAUUAUUUACUGUGCAUAUCUGUCUCAAUUUUUCACUGUAUAUAUUUGACUUAUGACCACUCUUGCCUGUCAGUUUAUUAAAAAUUUAUUCCAGGUCAAGCACAUAAGUCAGUAAAUGCAAGGUACAUGUAGUAAUGAGUUAU